AACCAAUCAAUAGUAGCAUCUUGUAAUUGUAAAAUGGCCAUAAAACGCGUCAAUCAAAACAAUGCUAAAGUCACGAAAAAAAAUACCCAUUCUGUUACUGAAAGGUAAAUUGAGAUCGCAGUAUUUUACAGGGCAAGCGCAAACAUUUUGUUGCCGUAAGCAUUUAUUUAUCAAAACUUUGGGUCUGACUUUCCAUUUUAAAAUGAAUAAAGCCGGCAUCGAACCUGGGAGCAUAACAGUUCAAGUAAAAGUCAUAGUCAUAGUAGAGCAUCUCAUACUACAUAUCAUUUUGUUAUUUUUGUAGCUUAAUUCUUUUUUACAUGUAAGAAAAGUAAGUAUGGUAAGAUUAGUUUCGUACUCGCAUCAAUUUAAUGCUACAAAACUAAAACUAUAAAAUUGAGUUAUGUAAAAUAGCUUUAGGUGAACUCUAUACUACUACUUAUCUCACCAGAGUACAGGCAAAAUUCAUCUGUAUUUUAUGUACUUUUUCCGUACUUACAUCACCAGUGUACAGUCAGUUACUUCACGUACUGAUCCUGAGGUAAUCAGCUUUUUCGAUGAGCCAUGGACGCCAACACCUGGAACUGCAUUCAAGCUGCUAAUGUCUGCCAGACUGUGCGCUGCAUUGUGGAGUGUUGUUUCGGAUUGUGACGAGACUUACAACUACUGGGAGCCAGUAAGAUAACAACAGCUAAAUCCACUACAGAUCGAACCAAUGCAACAAGUUUAAUUGACUUUCCUCACUAAUUUGUGUCUAGAAAAUAUUUGAAUUGAAGGCCAGCCAACUGCAAAAUAAUUAAGUCUGGAUCAUUUAAUGUUAAGUACUGAAAGGCUUAACUGUCACUGUCAAAGAAUUUUUUGAGACUCUACACUGGACUACAGACCAUCAUAAGAUUUAUUAAUUCCUAAGUCCCACAGCACUAAUAGAACAAAAUAUCAUUGCAAAAUUUAUGCUUUUAACCAUGUCAAACUUAGUGAUUGUAUUGACAUUGUCGUUAUUCUUUUAACCAUGUCAGACUUAGUGGUUGUAUUGACAUUGUCCUUAUUGCCUUAUUUAUUGAUUUCUCAAAGUUUUCCCACAGGCCCAUUUCUUGAACUAUGGGAGAGGUUUUCAGACGUGGGAAUACUCGCCGGAGUAUGCCAUUCGCUCUUACGCUUACAUCUUGCUUCAUGUCCUCCCCAUGAAGUUAUGUUCUACAUUUUUGGGUGACAACACAGUACGUAUCUCUGGUCAUUUCAAAUAACAUAGAUUUAAUAAUGCUAAUGUACAAGACAUUAUAAUCUUUCAAUCAGAAGAAAAAAAAAAAUAAUGGUAUCACCGGUUUAACUCUUUGAACAUUUUUUCCUUUUUCUAGCUAUGAACGGGCAACAUUUUCAGGUUUUUAGUAAGAUAUAGGGUUUCGUUAGACUAGUAAAAACAUGAAAUCUAAGGUGUUAGUCUACAAAUUUUUGUGAAAUAAAAAAACAAAGUAAAGGAAAAUGAAUGCAGAUUUAUUAUUUUACUUGCGUGAAAGGAAUAAUCAAAUGUUGACAGUAAUCCACACAUGAACACAAUUAUUUACAAAACAUAUUGUUUGUGAUUGUCAGUCAUCUAUACACUGUUUACAAACACUCUGCAAGAAGUGUGUACGCUGCUUAUGCUGAUGAUAUUAAUAUCUAGCUCCUAUUCAUAAUCAACUUUGUGCACUUCAAUACUUCAAUUAACCUAAAUUGAACCCAGAGAAAUCUCCGCUAUCACUUGAAGAAUCGUAAAACAUUGUGAAAAACAAGGCAUUAAAACCCUGAAAACUGUAAAAAAAAAAAUCAAAUCAAAUUUAAAGAAAAUACUUGUAACGCCAUCAAGCUAUUGGCAAAACCUGAAGUACACAAAUUGUAGUCUGGCAAAGUCUCAGAGGUUGCAUGUUUACAACCCUUGGUUGCACUUUCUGACAUUUUGCCGAUUCAGUGGUAAAAACGUUUUCGGCCGCUGUGCCCUGUAAAUGGUUAAAUAAAAGACUUUACAGGGCUAUAAUAAUAAGAUAGGAAAAAAACUUGGAUUUAGUCGGGCCGUAGAAGAGCAAGAUGCUUUAGAUUUAACUUUAUAACUUUAUGAUAAAUUAUCAUCUCCUGAUUCAAAUUUUAUUUUUAAAAUUUGAAAAAUGAUAUUUUUUCAGAUCUUUGUUUUUUACAUGACAAGAUGCAUGCUGGGAGUUGUCUGUGCUAUAUCUGAGAUGCUGUUCUAUAGGUAAAUUUGUCUGGGCAGUAGUGUUGACAUCUUAGUGCAGAAACGUUUUAUUGUAAAUUUUACUCAGUUCAUGUUUUAUUUAAAAUAAAAUUUAUGUCAUACUCAGUAAAAAAAAAACAACAUCUCAUGAGCUGCAGUCCGACCAGAAUGAAUAAUUAAAUUUUUUAUUAAAAAUUCCAGAGGUGUUUGCAAGGUGUUUGGACCCAAUGUUGGGCGCCUGACCCUCAUACUCCUGCUGUUUUCUGCUGGAAUGUUUGCCUCAGCCUCUGCCUUUCUGCCAAGUAGUUUCUCCAUGUACAUGACCAUGAUAGCUUAUGGCAGCUGGUUUGUUGGAGACAUUCAUGUACGUAAAUGGCUGGUUUGUUGGAGAUGUUCAUGUAUGUAAAUGGCUGGUUUGUUGGAUCUAAGGAAAAUGAUUGUUAUAACUAGUGAUGGGACGAUUAAUCGGAAUCGUAUCAGAAUAAUCGAAAUAUCGGGAUUUUUCCAAAGCAUCGGGAAUCUGUAUCGGAGCUGAAAAAUUCAGACCUGAUUCCGAUACCAAAACGAUUCUUAACUGAUUAACUGCCGUAAGCCGGUGACAGCCCAAAGUUUUUUUUCGCAUUAUAAUACUCUUCAUUUUGUUCCGAGAUUUUUAAUUACCGGCAGGAAGUUUAUUUAAAACCACAUGUUAUCAGCAAAAUGUAAAAAAUCUUUUUGCUGUACUAUAUAAUAGUCAAUAAGCUAGCAGUGAUAAAUAUUUUGAAAAAUAAAGCAUUUGAAGGUAAGGUGCUCCGUUUUUCUGAUUUUCGUAAGUUUUUGUUAAAAUCAAUAAUAAAACAUUUUAAAAAGUAGGCCUAUAAAUUAUAAAUUAACAAUAAAAUGGGUAUGUAGAAUCCGAUUUUUUAUUUAUUUAUUUUUGGUGGCAAAAUCUGUUCCUGGGUCAGCGAACUUUUUCUAAAGUAGGUAAGUUGCGGUCAAAUUUUUAAAUUUUUAUUUUAAAACAAAUUUUGUUAUGCUUUAAUUUUUAAUAAACUUGAAUGAUUUAUCUCCACAUAGUAUCACGUUAGAGCUCUUUUAUUUAUAUUUAACAAUCAAUCUAUUUGUUCUGAGUCAUUACAAAUCUUGAAAAGAUCUAAUUUAGUGACAAUAUUUUGAGUUGUUUGAUUCAGAUGAGGCCUUGACCUUUACAAGUACACUGCCUACACAUCUAAUAGUCAGUAUUUUCCACUGUGUUGACCUCUGACCCUAGGUGAAAAUUAUUACUGACUGGACUUCAGUUAAAUGGGCAAGGGGUGGAGAGAGGUAUUGAUAUGGAAUAGCCCACAGUUUUAUUCAUUCACAAAUCAGAACAGUUAAAAAAAUCAAUAGCACCGCAAAAAAAUCAAUAGCAAAAAAAUCAAUAGACCACCUGCCUUGCAUGCAAUGAUCACCCUAAUUUGUUAAGGUGUAGGGCGGAAUUUAAAGCUAUGGAAUAGCUUAUUAAGAAUACAGUAGGCCGGGUAGACCUAUAUUAAGAAAAAAGCAGUUAUAAUUCGUUAAAUGAUGCUGUUAACAAAUAACAGAAAACAAAUUUAUAUUAUGAAAUUUUUAUUUAUUAAUUUCUAUUUAUUUUAUUUCAGAGCCCAAAUUAAUCAUGGCAAGUGGCGGCCAAAGUUUAGCAUGGAUUUUUUUCAAAGUCGACUCUGGAGAUUCAACAAAAGCAAAAUGUAAUGUGUGUGAUCAAAGAAUAUUAAGAGGAAAUAAACAAGGAUACUUGACAACAUCAAAUAUGCUGAAGCACUUAAAAGCUAAACAUAGUGAAGAGUUCGAAUAUGAAAAAAUCAAACGAAAGGAUGAAGAUGAGAAACAAAAGAGACAAGUGACUGUUGGACUGCAAGCAUGUCUAAUUAAUCAUUUAUAAGCUUUACAGCUCACGGGAUUAAGGAUAACUAUGAGUUAAGAUGUGCCAUUUUACAAGUCGCGCCAUUUAAUGAUAAACACACUGCUGUCAAUAUAUGUGAAAACAUAUUAAAUACAAUGCAAGAAUUUAACCUAAGCAGUAGUAAAGUUCAUCUUGUGGUGAGAGACAAUGCAGCUAACAUGGUAGCAGGAAUUGCCCAAGCAAAUUUACAAUCAUUGCCAUGCUUUACGCACACCUUACAGCUGGUACUAAAUGAUGCCAUAUUUGAGCAGCGUUAUGUCAAAGAUGCUAUUGGUGUCUGCAAACACAUUGUAGGACAUUUUCACCAUUCACCUUCAGCAUUUGCUAAAUAUCAAGAGUAUCAAAAACAGUUCAAAGUAUCUGCACACAGAUUUAUACAGGAUGUACAAACAACAUGGAACAGUCAGUACCUAAUGAUGAAUAGGAUACUUGAACAAAAGGCAGCUCUCAUUGCAUAUUGCAGUGAGCAUUCAAAACCAGAGUGUUUGGAAAGUAGUCAGUGGAAAUUGUUGGAAAAGCUUAAAAAAAUAUUGAAAACUUUGAAGAUUGCACCAAGUUUAUGAGCACCCGGGAUGCAACAGCUGCAUUGAUAAUUCCAAACAUCAAAGUGAUCAGGCACUUUUUUGAAUGUGCAGAAUCAAAUGGACAGUUCUCUGGCUUGGGAUCUACAUUAUCAUCAUGGAAAUCAUCAGUUGAACUUAGAUUAAGCUCCUACAUUAAUGAUAAAAACUUAAUUCUUGCCACCUUCCUUGAUCCACGAUUUAAAGAUAAGUUCUUUGAACAAGAAUAUAAUGGCAAACCUGCAGAUGAAGCGCUUGCUUUAUGGCUGUCGGAAGACCUGUCAAAUAGCAUAAAGUGUAGUCACAGUGAAACUGCCAGUCUUCCUGAGUCUUCAGAUUCAGCCCGCAGUGAUGAUGAGCAAAAUGUGGAAUUCAAUUUCAGUUUUGAAAAGUGCUUUGCUGAUAUGAAAAAGAAAAAGAAAGCCAAUCAACAAGAAACAAGCAGUACAAAUGCUACAACCACAACAACAACGAGGCAAUUUUCAGCAGCAAGUAUUAAAAUUAGAACAGAAAUAUCAAGGUAUCUAACAUUUAAACUGAUUGCAAACAAUGAGAAUCCUCUCGGCUGGUGGAAAGCGAACCAAGAAGAACUUCCAAGUUUGGCUCUCCUCUCAUUAAAGUAUUUAUGUGCUCCGCCUUCUUCAGUAGAGAGCGAGAGAAUUUUUAGAGUAGGUGGCAAUAUAGAGAAACCGGCUAGAACCAAAAACUGGAGAGAUGCUUAUGUUUUUGCACUAUAAUUUGCGAGUGCUUCAAUUUGACUAUGAUUAAAUGCAUAUUCUUAUUAUCAACUAUCAACUGAUUGAACUGACUGAAGUUUUUCUUAUUAAAAUGGAAUUAUUUAUAUUAUUUUGAACUCAAUACCACAAUGUAGUAAAUAUAAUUAAUAUUUUAUUUUUGUUUGUUUGGAAUGAAACAAUAAUUAUAAUAAUUACGGUAUACUUUUUCUAAAAAAAAUUAGAUAAAAUGUUAUUUUGUGAAGGUAAACUUUUUCCUAUUUUGUAUGUACAUGAAUGUAUAUUUAAUAUACAGUUUUUAUAUACACAUUUUGAAAUUUUUAUCAAAGACACUAGCUAUAUCUUGUAUUAUUAAAAUGGAAUUAUUGAUAGAUGUGUUUAUAUAAAACCUUUCCAAGACAUUGUUAUCUAGCAUAUUGUAAAGCUUCAAUAGCAAGUUAAUAAACUUUUCUAAUCAAUUCUCAACUUUUAUAUUAAUUAAAUAUGUUAAUACCUGGGCACAGUAAUACAUAUAUGUAAUAAUGGCCAGGAAUCGGAAUCGUAUCGGGAAUCGGGAUAAUUAGGUAGAAUCAGAAUUGUAUCGGAAUCGUUAAAAUUUUUAGUAUCGUCCCAUCACUUGUUAUAACUGAACUACAUUUCUCAUAUUGCCCCAUUGCUAUAGAUAGAAAGCUAAGAUAAUUUAUUCACUCUGUAUUUCAGGUGAGCAUUUUGGCGAUCGCCUGCAGCACUAUCUUAGGGUGGCCAUUCGCCGCAGCACUAGGGUAAGUAACAUGCAGUUUCAUUCAAUUACAUUUGAGUUGCAAGCCAGUGGAAAAAAGUUAUGGAAAAUAAUUCAAUUAUAUUCAUAUUUUUAUAUUUACAGUAACAUAAAAAUAGCCAAAAAAAACCCAUAGAUAAGUCGCCCCCUCCCCUCCCCACUCCCCGAAACAUGUAUAGCAAUUGACGUUUAAAAUCAUCUUUUAGGAUCCCCAUAGCUUUUGAUGCUCUGGUCUUGAAGAAGGAAUAUGUGCACUUCUUGAGAUGGGGUCUUAUAUCUUUAUUGGUCUUCCUGGUGAGUAUGUGGACUUGUUCGAAUGGUGUACUAUGUGUUCAUUGUGGUAUACAUGUUAGAAUGGUCUACUAAAUGUUCAUAUGGUAUACAUGUUUGUAUGGCAUACGACAUGUUCAUAUGGUGUACAUGUUUGUAUGAUUAACAUUUUUUAUGAUCUGAAUGUUUGUAUUGUGUACAUGUUUUUGUGAUGUACAUGUUUGUAUGGUAUACAUGUUUGUAUGGUUAACAAUUUGUAUGAUGUGCAUGUUGGCAUGUUGUACAUGAUUGUGUGAUGUAUAUGUUAGUAUGGUGUAUAAGUUAGUAUGGUGUAUAUGUUUGUAUGGUGUACAUGUGUGAAUGGUGUAAAUGUUUCAUUGUGUACAAGUUUUGCAUGGUGUAUGUGUGUAUACACAUGUUUGUAUGGUGUAAAUUUAAGGUUGCAGGCUGUACGUAUUCAUACGUUCAUUGAGUGUCACUGUUUGCAUGUUUAAAUGGUGGAAGCUGUCCGUGUCCCAUAAAACUCAUUGACAUCUCAUCAGCUGAUCACAAACCUGAUAUUCAUCUGACUUCACACAUUCUAUAAGUCCCAUGUCUGAUGCCAUUUCCUCUCAGGUGCCCACAGUGCUAAUUGACAUGCAUUUCUAUGGCAAGCUGGUGGUGGCCCCACUCAAUAUUGUCUUGUACAAUGUCAUCUCUGGACACGGCCCAGAACUUUAUGGUAACUCAGUUGUUUGUGUCAAGCUAUCAGCAGACAUCAAUGUAUCUGAUCUCAUUUAAAAUUGGUGCUAUUCUUAGUUGUUACAGAAUGAAUAAAUAAAACCAUUUAUAAAAUUGAAUUAAAUUGUUUAAGACUUGAAUUAGGUUUGAAUCAUUUACAAAAGAAUGAUUAUGAAAGCACAGUUGUUCCAAUAAUUUGUACUGUAACACACUGACCCAUAACUCUUUCUCUUCUCAUACAGGUAUAGAGCCACUGUCCUACUAUAUUAUCAAUGGAUUUCUUAACUUUAAUUUUGCUUAUUUCCUGGCUCUGGGCUCCCUGCCAUUUCUUGUAAGUUUAAAAAUCAUAUUUCCCCAGCAUUUGGUAACAUUGACCACCAUUUGAUAAGAUUGACCAACAUUUGGUAACAUUGACCACCAUUUGAUAAGAUUGACCAACAUUUGGUAACAUUGACCACCAUUUGAUAAGAUUGACCAACAUUUGGUAACAUUGACCACCAUUUGAUAAGAUUGACGAACAUUUGGUUACAACUGCCAUUUGGUAUCAUUGACCACCAGUUGGUAACAUUACCAUGAUUUGGUAAUAUUGACCACCAUUUUGUAACAUUGAAUUAUUGACUACCAAUUGGUAACAUUGACUGCCAUUUGGUAACAAAUUUGCCACCAUCUGGUAAUAUUCCCCACCAUUUGGUAACAAUGACCGUCAUUUGGGUACGUUUUGUUAAGAUUUUGUUGUUUGUGAAAAAUAACUCACUUUAAUAUGAAACAUGUAGAUUUUCAUGUUCGGUCCUGGUGAUCGGGGUACAGAGGGGUGCCAGUUGGGAAGCUUUGUUCUUAUUGUUUAGCUCAUUUGUCCUGUGCCGAACAGGCUAAUGUAAUAGACUGGGGCCAGCAGGCUAAUGUGCUGCAACUAACCAGCUUUUUGGUUGUGGCUUAAGGGCCGUGGGUAUCUACCACCAAGUUCACUUGUAGGGAAAUCUAAAUAUAGAUAUUGUGUUAAUUGGGGACACCUCGUCACAAUCCAGAACACAAUCUGUGAUUUCUCUUGUAGGGCAAGUAUAUUGGGGUUUGAAGUAGAGGGGCAAGUGGGGAGGGGGGAUCAGUGAAUACUAAUAAUUAAUUAUAUUUGAUCACAGCCAAGGGUUAAGCUAUAAGGCCAUUAGCACUGGGUCUUUACAAGAUAUUUGAUUUAUUAUCUUCUUUCCUUGGUUCAGGUUAUCACUUCAUGGUUCCAGAGACCCAACUCUCUUGCGAGUGAGUCUAAUGUUUCUUUUCUUUUUCUGUUUUUAAUCACAUGUGUGUUUGUGGGCACCAGCGGAAUUAAGUUGCACCUGGCAAUAGAUCUAUUUAAAAAAAAGAGUUUCCCCAUGUGUUAAUUUUUGUUUAGAGUAUGGUCAUUAUAAACCACAAGGGCAUCCCACUGCACCAUGCCCAUGGCAGCAUUUGAAUGUCAGUGUGAUAUAAUGAAUUGAAAAAAUGUUAACAGAUUGAAUUGCAAAUGUAAGCAAUUGCUAACAACAUAAAGGAAUAAAACCCAGCAGUAUAACCAGCUUAUGCUGGCUGUCUCUAAUUGCAAUCCAUUUUUAAAUAUUUCAUUGAACAACUAACUGCUCAUUCAAAGUGUUUCUCGUGUGAAUGCUUGUAAAUUAAUAGUUGCGACAGUCGCUCUGUAACACGUGUUUAACCAGUAUGAUACAAGUUGAGUAGAAGAACUGGUCUUUUUUAGACUACAGCUUGACCACAACAAUGCCAACGCAAUAAUUGACCAAUCCAAUGUUCUCCCCAGUGUCCACCAUUUAUUUGUCCCUGGCUCCCAUGUACAUCUGGAUUCUUAUUUUCUUCACCAGGCCUCACAAAGUAAGUCCAUCCAGUCCUUAAAAUCGUCCACUGCUCUUUCCUGGACAUCACAUUAACACGGACAUCUUUCUUUUUUUUUUUUUUUUAAAUAGUUAUUUUGUUUCCUUCCAAUAAUCAUUUUAAAUCAUGAUAUUUUUGGAUACGUCAUUUGGGAUAUUUUUGCCCAGUGGUUUGAUUGACACGACCAUUUGCCGUUGUUUUCAUUUUCGUCCACUGCUCUUUCCUGGACAUCUCAUUAACUCGGAUAUCUUUCUUCUUUUUUUUUUUUUAAAUAGUUAUUUUGUUUCCUUCCAAUAAUCAUUUUAAAUCAUGAUAUUUUUGGAUACGUCAUUUGGGAUAUCUUUGCACAGUGGUUUGAUUGACACGACCAUUUGCCGUUGUUUUCAUUGUGAGAGACAGAAGUUUGGGCUGUUUUUUUUCUUUUUCCCUCUGCAUGUUUUCAUCUUUAAUCCACUCUGAUUUAUGAGCUCCCAUGUAGGAUUAAACCCAUAAUUUACUUUUUAAAUGUUUCAGCAUUGAAAUUAUUGUAGAACUUGUUCAUAUUAAGUAAGUGUAAACUUAGAUUUGCCCGGCAGCACCCAAGAUAUAAAUCUGUGUUUGGCUUUGGUCAAAAAUUUUUUUUUUUGCUCACCACAGGAAGAGAGGUUUUUAUUUCCCAUCUACCCUUUCUUUGCAAUGGCUGCAGCCUUGGUGCUCGACUCAGUUCAGGUAAUUCUUUUUGUUGGCUUGAUCUUGUUCCCUAGUCAGUUUGGGGGUUGUUUAUGGUGUGUGAGCAUGUGAUCUUAUAGAUCAUGGGGGGGGGGGGAGGUUUAAGGGAUAAUUGGAGGGGGGGGGGGGCAUAAAUUUUUGAUGUUUUUAAGAACAUUUAGAGCAGUCAAAUGCCCCCUACACAGGGGUCGCCUACGACCAUAGGAAAACACAUAUUUAUGAAGUAGGAACGAAAAGACUUUUAUGGUUGGGGGGGGGGGUCACCACAACAUGAGCAUCUGUAUUAAAGGGUCACGGCAUUAGGAAGGUUGAGAACCACUGAUUUAGAGAUUUUUUUUGUUAAUUAAAAUCAAUGCCUUUAUUUUUUCUCUCUGAAGUAGACAUUUAUGGUAAUAACUUACUGUCCUCUCAGCGACUGCUUGACCUACUAGUGCAAGGAGCAUCUAAAGUGGGUCACUAUACAGACAGAACGAAUUGGGUCACUGCUGGCUUCUCGUUGCUCUUUGCAGCUGUGUCAUUCUCUAGAAUAAUUGCAAUAUACCAAGGUGGGUGAGCACAAGUGUCAUUCUCUAGAAUAAUUGCAAUAUACCAAGGUGGGUGAGCACACAUUCUGUACAUAAUAGUCUGUGAUGUCAAAUAUGAAGCUUCAAUUUUGUUUACUAUAUACAAAUAUUGUAUAUAUCUGAGGUCAGUUGUUGGUUACAUGUGUGUGUCAAUGGUCAGUUGUUGGUUGUAUGUGUGAGUCAAUGGCCAGUUGUUGGUUACAUGUGUGAGUCAAUUCAGUUUUUUUUUUUUACAGAUUUUACAAACAUCUCAUUUAAUACAGAGUAACGUGCACUCUUGUGUGAUUGUUUAAAAAAAAAAAAAACCUUUAUUUAUUCUUAACUACUUUAAAAACCAGUCCUUAAUUUUUUUUUUUUUUACAGAUUUUACAAACAUCUCAUUUAAUACAGAGUAACGUGUAUUCUUGUGUGAUUGUUUAAAAAAAAAAAAAAACCUUUAUUUAUUCUUAACUACUUUAACAACCAGUCCUUAACAGCGUGACACUUUCCCCUGCAGGUUACCAUGCACCAUUAGACAUCUAUGUGGAGCUGCACAGAGUGGCCUUUGACCCCAAGAUCCACACACUGGCACCAGACAAGCCUGUCACCGUCUGUGUAGGCAAAGAGUGGUACAGAUAUCCAAGCUCAUUUUUCCUGCCUAACAAAAAGUAAGUGCAUUUUUUACAUGCAUAGCUGAAUACAAGGAACAUCACAGAUUUAAACGAAUUCCUAUUCUAGCUUAGUUCUAUUCAUUUGAACUCUCAAAUCUCAAAACUGUUCCUAUUCUAGCUUAGUUCUAUUCAUUUGAACUCUCAAAUCUCAAAACUGUUCCUAUUCUAGCUUAGUUCUAUUUAUUUGAAUUAUGAAAUCUCAAAACUGUUCCUAUUCUAGCUUAGUUCUAUUUAUUUGAAUUAUCAAAUCUCAAAACUGUUCCUAUUCUAGCUUCGCUCCAUUGACUUGAGCUAUCAAAUCUCAAAACUGCUAAAAAUAAAUCACAAACUGAACGUGUCCUGUAAUUUAUAAUGCUUUUAAUAUCAUUAUAUAAAGAUUGAAAAUAAUAAUCUCCUUUUCCCACCUCAGCUGGCAUCUGCAGUUCCUGCAGUCAGAGUUUAAAGGGAUUUUACCCAAAGCUUACGAAUCAGGACCAGAUGCAACCAGAGUUAUUCCCUCCAACAUGAAUGAUGUAAACAGAGAGGAGCCCUCUCGAUAUGUAAGUUACUGGUCCUUUUUAGAAAUGUUUCUGACAUGCAUCUCCGUGACAAUUUCUUGUGCCGGUGUUUGUCAGAUAUAAGAAGUGGGCAUUACUGUAAACACAUUUUAAUUCUGAAGACAACCAUUGUAGCUAUGCUUUGAUUUAUGCCUUCCAUUCACGUUACAGAUAGACGUAAGUCGCUGCCAUUACCUGAUUGACAGGGACUCAGAGGACUGGACAUCACUAGAGCCAAGGUAUACAACACAUGCAGACUGGACGGUGGUCAAACAAGCCCCAUUUAUAGAUGCCAACAGGUAACUAGUGUAGCUCUUAGACUAGCAGGUAACUAGUGUAGAUCUUAGACUAGCAGGUAACUAAUGUAGCUCUUAGACUAGCAGGUAGCAAAUGUAGCUCUUAGACUAGCAGGUAACCAAUGUAGCUCUUAGACUAGCAGGUAACUAGUGUAGCUCUUAGACUAGCAGGUAACUAGUGUAGGUCUUAGACUAGCUGGUAACUAAUGUAGCUCUUAGACUAGCAGGUAACUAGUGUACCUGUCAUACUAGCAGGUGACUAGAGACGCUAGAUUCCUUGACCUAAUCUAUAAGUGAUCACUAUCCGCCCACAGGUCUCACAGAGUGUUCCGAGCCUUCUACAUUCCAUUUUUCUCCACCCAUCACUGCACUUACACAUCUUACAGUUUGCUCAAAACCACAAGAAGUAAGAAAUCUACAAGGCAGGUCAAAAGGUCAGGAGGACACAAGGUGGACAAGUGAUUUCACCAUUUCCGUUAUGUUUAUUUAUAAAAAUGUUGAUAGUUUCCAAGUUCUUCCCCUUUACACCACAAAUAAAUGUAAUGGUAUAAGUGUGAGCCAGAUUUUUAUUAGUAUUUUAUUUUACCAAAGUGGCAAGAUCCUGCUAAAUCCUGGUUUGGAAAUGUAUAUUUUGUCUGAGGGAUGAUUUCGUAAAGUUUUUAUGUGGAC